GCCACCUGUGUAAUGCCUGUUUUAUUUAAACAUUGCACUUCUGUGGAAUAGCUUUGAGAAGACUUGAACCCUGGCUGGAAGUCCAGCUUCCAUGAGGGUUUGAGGAAAAGGCUCAGAAGAAAAUUGUCCCCAAAGGUCGAGAGACAGGGACCAAUGCCAAUGGAGAUUGAGGCCUUUCGCUACAACUAGGCUGCCCUGAGCCUGAGAGACAAAAUGGCUGCCAAGCAAGAGACUGUGGGAAAUUCAUUUUUGCUGUUCCAAGCCAGACUCCAGCCUAGAGGGCAAACAGAAGAACAAGGCUUGGUAAGUCCCAAACCAGAAGAAGAAGCUGAAGGAGUGAAAGAAACUCCUUGCAGCAUCCAGAGUGGGAAUAUGGAGGAAUUUCCAGAUAAACUGACACCUCCACAAAUCAAAGAGGAAGCUGACGAGAGGUUGACACAAUCUUGGGAAACCCGGUGGCGGGAUUUCUCGAAGGAGCUGCAAUCCUUUCAUGUGGGAUGGGGGAACCCACAAAUCACAGAGCCCUCCCCAUGGGACAAAGCUGGACCUUUCCUGCCACCCUUUGAAGGAGCCACUAACUCCAGCCACCAGCCGACAGGUGAACGCCUGGCCGAGCUCCUGUCUGGCCCAGAGACAGACAUCAGGGUGUUUGCCAAAGAUGAGACAGGUGAGGAAGAGACCGUCAGUGUGGAGGUUUGCCGCCAGCGCUUCCGGCAGUUCUGCUACCUGGAGACUGAGGGUCCACGGGAGGUGUGCAGUCGCCUGUGGUUCCUUUGCUAUCAGUGGCUGAAGCCCGAGAGAAGGACCAAGGAGCAGAUCCUGGAGCUGCUGAUCCUGGAGCAGUUCCUGACUAUCCUGCCCCCAGAAAUCCAGAACUGGGUCAAGGAAGGCGGCCCUGAGACUUGUGCUCAGGCGGUGGCCUUGGCUGAAGACUUCUUGCAGCGGCAGGAAGAGCCCCUGAGGCUGGACUGUGAUCUCUCUGAGCCUCUUGUGGAAGGCGAGGGGCACUAUGAGUCUCUGUUGCCCUUACAACAUAUGGAGAAAGUGGUCUCUGGACUGUUGGCGGAGGUGGGCCUGUACUCCUCCAAAACGAAGUCUGCUCCACUUGGCAGCUCCAAAAGGGGGAGGCAGGAGAGCAGUGCGGAUCCCACUUUACCGGACAGCGAGGUGCCGACCAGGAAAAACUCAGCUCUUUCUCAGCUGGAUAGCCCUAAGAAAAAGGAAACGUCAGAAGAUUGCAGGGGAGCCUUUGGUUUGCGUUCUGACAUUAGCGCCUGCGAAAAAACUCCCCCUGGCCUGAAAUCGCACAAGUGCGUGGAGUGCGGGAAACGUUUCCACCAGCUCUCGCACCUCAACAGGCACUUGAGAAUCCAUACAGGGGAGAAGCCAUACAAGUGCCUGGAUUGUGGGAAAAGCUUCACCCAGGGCUCCUGCCUUCUCGGGCACCAGAGAAUCCACACAGGAGAGAAAGCCUACUCGUGUUCCUUCUGCCACAAGAGCUUCAUUUGGAGUUCCGGCCUGCACCAACAUGAAAAGAUCCACCUGGGCGAGAAGCCCUACAAGUGCCUCGAGUGCGGGAAGAGCUUCCACCGCAGCUCCGCCCUGACAGACCAUGUGAGGUCCCACACCGGUGAGAAGCCCUACACUUGCUCAGACUGCGGGAAGGGGUUCAGCCAGCACUCGAACCUCAUCGUUCACCGGCGGGUCCACACGGGGGAGAAGCCCUACACCUGCUCGAUCUGUGGGAAAAGCUUCACACGCACGGCGCUGCUCAUGGCUCACCUGCGCAUCCACACAGGAGAGAAACCUUACAAGUGUUUGGUGUGCGAGAGGAGUUUCCGGGAGAGGCCAGCACUUACGAAACACAAGAAGAUCCACACGCGAGAGAACCUGUCAUAGGCC